CGGCCCCGCCGCCCAUGGACCCUCCGCGGCGCGCCGCGCACAGGCCGAUACUGGGUGUGAAUGAAAAACAGAACUUGCCCGAGGAAAAUUAUGAACUUGGACAGUAUUCCUUCUGCUCUGGGUUUUCCCAGCUGGAGUGAGAUGCUUCCAGUUGACAAACAUUAAGUUACUCAGAUUGACAAAAGGAUGAGCUCCAGAGAUACAUCUGAAAACGGUCACCUCAACUUGAACUGUGUGCUUCCUGGCAAGGGCCAGAACCCAACAGAGUGUGAGCCGCUCAGCAUGGUGGAUGUGGUACCCCGGGCAGCACAGGAAAGGCUUAGGAUUUCGGAGCAGGACCUCAUGGACAGUGCUGAGAUGCAAAUGAAAGUGGACUUCUUCCGCAAACUGGGCUACUCAUCAGAAGAGAUCUAUAUCGUCCUCCAAAAACUGGGCUUAAAUGCUGACACCAAUACGGUCCUUGGGGAGCUUGUGAAGCAUGGUGCUGCAGCUGCUGACAGAGAGACUACCGACCCCCCACAGGAGGCCGUAGAAGCCCCAUUGGUACCUCGUGGGGGACUUACCAACAAAACCCCUGCACCUGUGCCACCGUUGGAGGAGAAGGAAGGCAAUAACUUAAAACCCAUUGUUAUUGAUGGAAGCAAUGUGGCAAUGAGCCAUGGAAAUAAAGAAGUGUUCUCCUGCCGAGGUAUCUUGCUGGCCGUUCACUGGUUUUGGGACAGAGGACACCUAGAUAUCACAGUCUUUGUGCCAUCCUGGAGAAAAGAACAGCCAAGACCAGAUGUGCCCAUCACAGACCAGCACAUUCUCCGUGACCUUGAAAAGAAGAAAAUUCUGGUCUUCACUCCUUCCAGGCGGGUUGGAGGCAAACGCGUUGUCUGUUAUGAUGACCGCUUCAUUGUGAAACUGGCAUACGAGUCUGAUGGCAUCGUGGUUUCCAACGACACUUACCGUGACCUGCAGAAUGAGCGUCCGGAAUGGAAGAAGUUCAUUGAGGAGCGCUUGCUGAUGUAUUCCUUUGUUAACGACAAGUUUAUGCCUCCAGAUGACCCCUUAGGGCGGCAUGGCCCCAGCCUGGAGAACUUCCUGAGAAAGAAACCUUUGGUGCCAGAACACAAGAAACAGCAGUGCCCUUACGGGAAGAAAUGCACUUAUGGGAUUAAGUGUAAAUUCUAUCACCCUGAAAGGAUCAACCAGCCACAGCGCUCUGUAGCUGAUGAACUACGGGCCAAUGCAAGGCUGUCCCCAACCAGAAGCCCCACCAGCACUGCCAAAGAGGAGAAAAAGAGCAGGAGACCUUCCCAGGCAGAGCUCCUCUGCUCUGUGUCCACAGACAGCGACAAAGGCUCUGGGCAGAAGGUCUCCAUGGAGAGGAAAAGCUCAGCCCAAAAAGCAAAACCUAGCGACAGUCCCCUCCUAAUCCAGGGGGGUUGUGCCUUGGGCAGUGUCCCCUCUAACAAUGGCAGCUAUCGAUCGUCUGACUGGUACCAGCACCCUCCUCCUUCUCCCCAUAUGGACUCUCUCCCUUACAUCUCUCAGGAGCAUCUUGACUCAGGCAUUGGAUCCCUUGAGAACCAAAUGUCUGAGAUGUGGCCUUGCAGAUCUACCAGUCACUGUGAGCAUUCCCACCCCGAACAGAUGGCAGUCUGUAGCUGCAGCAGACAGAGACCUGUCUACCAGCACUCUCCUAGUGUAGAGCAGGACACCCUUGGCCACUAUAAGCACGGCUCUCGCAAAUCGGUCUCCUCUGUUACUAGCUACUUGCCAUAUAGUGCUGAGAACUCUCACACGAGGUCCUCUCAGUCUUUCCCAGGCUAUGGAGUGCCCGUACAUCCAGCGGGUACUGGGCAUUAUAGCAUUCCCAAUGAGUACAACACCCCAGCACAUCAUCUUCGUGAAUACUGGUCUGAGCCGUACCAAAUGCCUCCCACAUCAACACGACCUAGCAACAUUAGAGACCCUCACCCGUUGCCGAGAGCCCCAGGGCCAGCGUACAGUGACCACUGCCAGUGGGCCCUGCCAGACCGCUUUGCAGAAGAGCGAGCGAAUGUGCACGUGAAACUCUGUGGCAUAUUCCACCCCCAUUUAGUAGAUGCUGUGAUGAGCCGUUUCCCUCAGCUGUUGGAUCCCCAAAGACUAGCUGCUGAAAUACUGACGUACAAGUCUCAGAACCCAGGGAUGUGA